AAAAAAAUCGAAUGGCGUUGGCGAUUGCGUUUCACACUCGGCGUUUUAUUACCAAUUGUUGAUUGUGGAUAUAUUACAAUUACAAUUGUAUACACUUUUGCCUUCGUUCACAGCAUUAUUGAUUGAGUUAAACUUCUAUUUGAUUGAAUAAUUGUGACUAAAAACUGAAUAUAUAAUAACUUCAGUUGGAAUACUAAUUCAGUAAAAAUGUUGGGGUCGGGUGAUGGAAGCCACAUCGUAAAACUACGGGGUCUACCUUUUUCCACUACUGUAGAGGAUGUGCUUGAUUUUUUGAACGGAGUUAAUGUGUUGAAUGAGAAGGAAGGUGUACACCUAACAGAGAUUCGACCAGGAAGGCCUUCCGGGGAAUGCUUUGUUGAAGUUGAAAGUCAAGAAGAUGUGGAUGAAGCAUUGAAGAAAGAUAAGGAAAAUAUGGGUUCAAGAUACAUAGAAGUAUUUUCCACUGACCGCCAGGAUAUGGAAUGGGCUCUAAAUGCAAUGCGUCAAAGUGAGAAUGGUGAAGAUACUCUACCAAAUGUUGGUGACGAUAUGGGGGUGGUAAAGCUUAGAGGUUUGCCUUUUGGCUGCUCCAAGGAUGAAGUUGUCCAUUUCUUUGAAGGGAUCACGGUUGCCCCGGACGGGGUGCAUCUGCUAUCGGACCACACGGGGCGGGCGUCGGGAGAGGCGUAUGUUUACUUCGUAGACAAACAGGGGGCUCAGGAUGCCCUCUCCAGGGACAGGGCGAAAAUAGGACACAGGUACAUUGAAGUUUUUCUAAGUUCACCAGAUGAGGUGAGAGCAUAUGCAUCUCGCAUGGACAAUGGCUUUAGACCUGGCAGGAACCGUCCUACACCAUAUGAUCGGAACGACAGGUUUGGAAGCCGCUUUGCAUCGCGAGGGCGCUCAUCUUUCGGCAGAGUGGGCAGCUACGGGCGAGGAGGUGGCGGAGGCGGGUUGCGACGCGGGGCGGGAGUUCAUUGCGUGCACAUGCGCGGGUUGCCUUUCAAGGCGUCGCCGCAAGACAUUGCCUACUUCUUCAAACCCGUCCGGCCGGUGAACAUUAACAUCUUGUACGACAGCAGCGGUCGGCCCUCCGGCGAGGCAGACGUCGAGUUCGACUGUCACGAGGACGCGAUCCGGGCCAUGCGACGCGAUAAGAGCAAUAUGGAGCACCGCUACAUCGAACUGUUCCUCAACUCGUCGCCCGGAGCCAGCUUCAAGUCAAACCGCAGCUACCGGACCUACUGACUGACUGACUCACUCUCACGAACCAACCCCAUAACUCACUGUGUUAAACAGAUUCUCUACUUUAUUUUAUUCAGUAUAAUAGUUAUUAUAAUGAUCUGUCCUAUGAUCCACUACACAAGAUUGUGACACGUGCAAAAAAAUGUGUAUGUACCCUAUGUAUGCACGCAAGAAGUUAUACUUCUAUGGCAUUACUAAGCAAAAAUUUUUAAUAUUAUUAAUUAUUCCUCGUGCUAUUCUACGUAUGUAGAAAGAACAAUAUUGUAAAAAUCUUGCAACGACAGCUUUGACAAUUAAUUAUUAAAUAACAAAUACGGCUGUACGGGCUUGACGAAGAAACAAAAAAAAAAUUACGAAAACAUCACAAAAUUUUAGGAACCAACUUCACCCUGUUUCUUUUGCGUUGCAGUAAUGCGCGCGCAUCUUAAAAUUUUACUCUUAUCAUAUUUUCAUAACUCGCCUUAAGAAGUAUAACUUCAAUAACCCAGGCUUCACCUAUCUAAUUGAUCAUUUUGUACCAUAUUUAAUAAUUUGGGGACUUAAACUUGAUUUGACUGCAUAAUAAUAAUUAUAUGAGACACCAACUUAUAUCUCUAUGCAAUAUAUAUAUUAAUGUAUUUCUUUGUUUGAACUAAUAGGAUUUUAUGUUACUAACAGACAAGUAUCUUUUUUUUUUGUUCGUCUCAAUGGAUAUAUAAUUGAGUUGGUGCAAAUUAUAUUUUUAUGAAAAAGUAAA